CAUGACCGCUGCUGGUCGAUUGCAGGUGAAAUUUUUACUAUUUGCUAUAAAAGUGCAUUAGUCCGAUUUGUCGUCCAAGUUAUUACUGAUUGUCAGGAUUUUCAAAUCGUUGGUAAACAUUCUGAAAAUGAUAAAGAUAAAUUAUUGUAAGAAGUGAAUUGUCAACAGAUGGCGAAGAAGAAAAGUGCUUGAAAGUAAACGUUGAAUUAUAUGAUCAUUGUGACGAAUAUCUAUUUACAGUCGAAUCGAAUAUGAUGAAACAUCUGUCAUGGACCUUGAGAAGAUGUAUUUUACAGCAUAAAAAUAGUCUGAUUGCUGUUCAAUCUUCUGAGAAAGUGAGGUUACCUAACCUGUACACUUUUCAGUUACGGUAUUUAUUCCAAAAACAACCACCUGCUUUAGAUACUAAAACAAUUGAAAGUAUAGAAUUACUAAAAUGUGAAAUAAAAGAUCUUGACAAAUCCAAUCCUUUGUCAGUGGUUAUAAAAGUUAUGGAAGUUUUGCAUUGCUCCAAAGACACAGCACUUAAAUUAAUUAAUGAAAAUAAAAAUCUCGUGGUAAUUCCUAAGGAGGAACUCCAGAAAAACUAUGAAACUCUUAAAAAAGCUCAUGCUAAGAAUACAUUUAUGCAUAACCAUGCCUGGCUGCUUUGUUUAUCGAACAGAGAGCUGACUGUUAAAGUUUAUAUAGUAAAUAAGUUAAAAAUGAAAUUAAAGGAGGUUGCACCAUUGAUGAAACUUGACGAGACAAAUUUGUCUCAAAUUGUUACAUAUACACUGCUUCAAGAAACAAAAUAUGGCAACAGACUUGUGUAUCUCUCAAAACUUUUGCAGUGUCCAGUUUCUACAGUAUGCGAAAUAGUGAUAAGGAAUAAGUAUUUAUUAACCAUGCCAAUAAAGAAGCUAGAAGAUAUAAUGGUUCUUGUUGAAGAAUUUAAUCUUAGUAAAGAAGAUAUCGUGAGAGAUCCUUGGAUAUUUUGUUACAAUGUUGAAAACGUACGCGAGCGACUAGAAGCGGUUCAAGAACUUGACUUAGGCAAACUUAAAUUAUGGAUGAUUCGAUGUCCAAAGAGUCGUUACGAAAAGUUACGAUCCAGAUCUGAAAUGGAAAAUACCUUAGCUAGCAGUAAUUUUUGUAGGAUCGAAUACAUUUGCAAAAAGCUGAAUUGUAAACGAGAGUAUCUGGACAUUUUGGCUAAGAAACAUAAGUAUUUACAACGAGUGAGAAUAAUUAAACUAGAUGGUCUGUUAGAAAUACUGGCAAAAUAUGAGUUCACAACAUACUUUGAUAUUAUGCACUUACCGGAUUUGCUUCAAUUUUCUAAUACAACAUUAAGAAAUAGAGUAGCCCAAUUGGAGGAGAUUGGACAUCGACCGAAUAAUAUACUUAUUCUUGGUAAACCUAACGCAGAGUUCAGUGAUUAUAUCAACAGUCUAAAGAGUAAAAAAUCCUUAAAGGAAAUACAGGAAAAUACAACAAAUUCUUGAAGUCUUACGAAAUCAAGACACUAAUGUACCAUUUAUUUUGUUACAAUGCCAAAUGUCUAUUUUGGAGUUUCUCAAAUUACAUUGUCUUUGCCUUGUCAAUAAAAAGGAAAGUAGACAAUAUUAAACCAAUGUCUUUUAUAAGUACUUUCAAAAAAAUACAAAAACUUUAAUAAAAGGUACA